AUGGAGCGCCACGCCGAGAAACCGCUCCUCGUGCUCCUCGUGCUGUCCUGCCUCCUCCUCCUCCCCCUCGUCUCCGCCGUCCCCACGCCAAGAAGCCUGCGGCUGGGGAUGGGGAGCCAGCAGCAGUACCCGCCGGUUCUAAAGCUCAGUUCUUCUCAGGAGACGGCGAUCGCGGCGGCGAUGAACACGGGCAGGCCGGCGGCGAGGAUGGUCGUGGAGGUGAACGACUACCAACCGUCUGGCCCCAACAACCGCCAUGACCCACCCAAGGGUCCCGGAAGAGCUUGA